AUGAAGUCUCUCCGACGGCCACUGGCCUUCGUGCGGCCAGUCCCGCUCCUCCUCCCUAGAGCUUCACUGCGCACCUUCAGCGCCGCCCGCCGGCACGCGCAGCCUCAGCGUCCCUCGAGCACGACGAGCUCCGCACCAGAGCGACCCGUCAACUUCUACAGCACGCACGGCCGCGCGUUCUUCAAAGCCAUCACCCUGGCGUUCCUGACGUACCAGAUCGCGUAUUGGGCCUGGUUGACCGUGGAGACCGAGUACCUCAAGGACGAGAAGAACCGGGAGAUCAGGUCGCUCGAGCAGGAAGUGAGGUUGUUGGAUGAGGGCCGGAAGGCGCACAGGCCUGAUUCCUCUUCAGGAUCAUCUGGAUAA